AUGAACGUUACUAGAAAAGUUUUAAAAUUGUCAGAUGUUCUUCAAAAACAAUCUAUUUUGAAAAAUAUUCAAGUUCGCAAUGGUAGUUUUGUAUCACAAUUGAUAACGGAUGCCAAGUUACUUAGAGGAGACGGAACUAAAGGAAAAGCUUCUGAAUUAUUAAAAGAUAAAGUUGUUGGUUUGUAUGUUUCUGCUGGUUGGUGUCCUAGCUGUAGAGUAUAUACAUCAAAAUUGAAAAAAUUUUAUGAAGAAAUAAAUAAGGAAAAACAUCAGUUUGAAAUUAUUUUUAUAUCUGGAGAUAAAACAUCUGAAGAUAUGGUUGAGUAUUUUCAAGAAAAAAUGGGUAAAUGGUUAAUGAUGGAACAUGACUUAUCCAAUUCAACAACUGUUAAAAACGAAUGUAAUAUUAAAUCAAUUCCAGCAUUUGUUAUCAUAGAUAAAAAAGGAGAUGUUGUUGUUAGUGAUGGAAGAAACCAAGUUAAUGGACGUGGUAAAAUUGAACCAUUUGUUUUAUUUGAGGAGUGGAAAAAAAUUGCUAUUUAA